AUGGCUCCCAACUCAAACAUCCGUCACAUUCUCGAAGAGGCCGCCAACAACUUCUCUGGUUUGGUCAAGCGAAUUUCCAUUCCUCUAACACCAACAAGUCCACCAGGCCUAGUCCAAGCGCAUACACUCGACCCAUGGGAGAAGUCAGGAAAAUACGGUCGAGGAUGGUCUUAUUUUGCGCUCGCCCUGAUGGGCACCAUCCUUGUCAUGCGUGUUUGGCACUUCUGGCAGGACAAAAUUCGACAAGCUAUUUAUAAGCAGGAGGUAGAGGAACAUUACCAGAAUCUCUAUAAUGCCGAGGCAGAGGCCAUGUCUGGUAUGCGAAGUGGUCAGAGUCAGCAUUUCUUCCCUGAAGGAAACGAAGUGUUGGGUGAAAAGCACUUCCGACCAAAGGCGCAUUUCUCUUCUGUCAACAUGAUCAACGAUACUCUGGCUCUGUUUCGAUGGAUAUUCUAUCGCCCUAUCCCUGAUUUUGUAUGGGGAAGACGCCGAGUGACAUUCUCCUCCUUGGCAGUCCUCACCACUGUCUUCAUCUCUCUUGUCUUUGUGGUACUUUACUGCUUCCUGCAACAACCACUUUACUGGCAGAGCAUCCAGUUUGGCUCACCUCCCCUGGCUAUCCGAGCAGGCAUGAUAUCUAUCGCCCUGACGCCUUGGAUUAUCGCAACCAGCAUGAAAGCGAAUAUUCUUACCACCAUUAUUGGAAUUGGUCCCGAGCGACUCAACGUUUUCCAUCGUUGGGCAGGCUAUCUAUGUUUGUUUUUGUCACUUGUUCACGCCAUUCCCUUUUAUAUCCAGCCUGUUUGGGAUGACGGUGGAAUGGAAGUAUUCCAACGUUUGUUUCCUGGUGGCAGUGGUAUUAUCUACGGUACAGGCAUAGCUUGUCUCGUACCCCUUAUCUGGUUGUGUGUCGCCUCACUCCCUUUCAUUAGGAGAACAGCUUAUGAGGUUUUCGUUAUUCUUCAUAUUCCUGUUGGAAUGCUUUAUGUCGGUCUCUUAUUCUGGCACACAAAGAACUUUCUCAUGUCUUGGGCAUAUCUAUACACGACAAUUGCUAUCUGGGCAUUUUGCUAUUUCUUGAGGCUGUUCAAAUUGAACUGGCUCAAGCCUUGGCGCAUGUCUUUCAUGGUUGGUGAUGAAGCAGCCAUUACCCUUAUGGCCGAGAACGCGGUCAAAGUCACAAUUCCAACACAGAUGAAGUGGAAACCUGGCCAAUACGUCUAUCUACGAAUGCCUGGAAUUUCCAUCUUCGAAAACCACCCUUUCACCAUCUCGUCGUUAUGCAGCGACGAUUUCCCUUCAGAGUACGGUGAGCAAUAUCGUGACUGCACGUUGGUGUUCCGACCUUAUGGCGGAUUCACACGCAAGGUGCUAGACACUGCCAUUGAGAAAGGACCUUUCCAUACUUAUCGUGCGUUUUUGGAUGGCCCUUAUGGUGGCAUGCGCCGCGAUCUGGCCGCCUUUGAUACCUGCAUUCUUAUCGCAGGCGGAAGUGGUAUCACGGCGCUUGUAUCACAGCUUCUCAACCUUAUUAAAAGAAUGAGAGACGGCAAGGCCAUCACCAAAAAGGUUGUGGUGAUCUGGGCCCUCAAGCGACUUGAAGCUAUGGACUGGUUCAGGGAGGAAUUAAGAAUUUGUCGUGAGGCUGCUCCCCCAGAGAGUGUCACUUGCAAGUUCUUUGUGACGUCGGCCGUAAGAGCACGACCCGGCAUGGAGGGUGAAAGUCCGUUCAAUCAGAACAAUGGCCCCCACGGACCCAGGGCUCUGAGCCACAUGUUCCAUGACAAGCUGGACGGGUUUGUCGCGGGCAUUGCUUCCAAGAGAAACUCAGCCCUGAUUCAUUCCGAGGCCCAGGGCGACCCGGAGCGUGAGCGUGAGCUACGUGCUGAGGACGAGGACCGCAUAACAGCCCUUCCUCAGCAAAAGUAUCUCCAGCCUCACUCAUUCCCACCUCCACCGCCGGGACCACCGCCCACUAAUCGGGAGGAGUCUCUUAGAAGGCUCGAAGGGCACGGCUAUCCUGAAGACAAGAAGCCUCCGAUUGAAGAUGCCGAUGAGCCUACAGCGAACGACGGAGAGUUUCACUUCAGACCCAUGAAGAAUGAUAACCCACCUCAGUUCAAUUACGCACCGCGAUCACCUCAGCGACUUCCAGAAUCAUUCCCCACAGAGGAAGAAGCAUUUCCAGUACGAGCUCCAGAGCUUGCACACCUUCGGACGGCCAAUCCUGAGGCGGGAAGACCACGACCUACAUCCACUUUUGGACCGCCAUCUGGCUUCGAUUUUGGGUUCCCGGAAACCCCAACCGAGUUUCAAAAGAGUCUCAUGCGGUUUGCAUUCCCAGUGCCUCAUCAAAUCGAUGGAGGCUGGAGCGUUGAGUACGGCCGACCAGACCUGGGUUAUAUGCUCAAAGAAUGGGCCACAGGAGGUGCUGAUGGACGAGGCAUCCUCGGCCGCCGCACAGCUGUGUUCGUUUGUGGCCCGCCAGCUAUGAGAGUUGGUGUUGCCAACACAGUAGCUCGACUCCAGGCAGAGAUCUGGGGCGAUGAUGAGCUGGAGGAAAUCUUCUUGCACACCGAAAACUACGCCUUGUAG